AUGCUGCGAAGAUCCGCAACUGAAACAGCAUCGCCCCUUUUUAACGGCGCUCUUCUUUGCGGGGGCAAUGGCCAUGAUGAGACCCAUCAACGCAUCCAUUCCGGUGUCUCUGUCCCGCCUGGCCGUCGCCAGUUUCGCGUACGUCAAGUCUGGAAAGGCGUUCGAUUUCAGCGCCACUGUCAGCCGCGAAAUGUGGUCGUUUCCCAGCUCAGCCUGAUACUCAAACAGGCUGGGCAUCUGCUGGGCACUCUGAACCCAGUCCAGAAGGGAAGAGUAAUACCCCUGCGCCUCCGCGUUUGGCACGUUCAGCUGUCCAUCAAAGAACAGCUUCCGGAGGGCAAUAUCUACCUCAGUCCACGUGAGGCCGUCCAGGGCACCGCGCCAUGUGCGCACAUCCGUCACGUCAAAGGCUUCGUCGUCAUCGCUGACCUCGGAAGCGGCCCCCUUUGUACGCUGAGGAGACGGCGGGGAAACACGCACCGUAUGAAGCCCCUCGGCAGCAACAGCCGAACGCGGCGAACGUGUUGUCCCGUGCUGUGCCCGAGCGAGCGACUGACGGACCUCGUCACACUCGUUCAGAACGCGCUUUUCCAACAACUUCAAGUUUUGCUCGAGGACGGCGAUCUUACCGCCCGAGCGGAAGGUGAAUCUCGUGAAUUGGCCUGUCAAGGCCGAGAGACUUUUGAUCGGUCUCCGCCACAGCCUCCUGCACCUUCACCAACCGCGCUGUGA